UUUUGCAAUUCUACUUUCAAUUUAACCUAGGUGAGACGACUCGAUGAUUGAAAGGAACCCUGCUGGGACCGCCAGCAUGCACCGCCUCCCUCAGGAAAGCUGGAUCGGAUCAUUUAUUAUAGUUCCAUACACCCAGCUAACGCGGCUGAAAUUACCAGUAUUGAUUCAACAAUCGGCUCGGGUCGCGCGGGACUUCGAGCCGCGCAGCUGUCGAUGCGCGCCGAACUCCCAAUGGACCCUCCCCAGGGGGUGCUUUAGUUACAGAGCUAUUCAAUAUUUAUUUCUGACGUCGACAGCAAAAAUCCCACAUGCUGUGCUUAAGCUUUCAGAGGAAAAUUGUGCAAACGCUUUUCCUUCUUGACUGGAUCGAAAAUAGACGAAUUUUUUUAUCUUCUAAAGAAUGAAAGCGUUUCUUUUGCAUGUUUUUCAAUUAGUGUUUUCGGAAUUAACAAUAUUUGAAGUAUAAAAAUGUCACGCAGAAAACAAGCACGACCGAGGCUAUGUAAACGUGAUGAUGAAGAGGAAGAAAAUGAAAAUCUUUUAGCAGGAACUGGUGAAGAGACCCCCGGAGUUUCCAUUUCCCAAGACAGCAUGUCUCCCAGUCAAGGAGUAAUGGAAUACAGCCUGAGAGAUGAAGUUCAGUCAGAAACAACCGGCCCAGCCGCCAAACUCCCCAAAUUUGACUCUGAUGAAGCCUCGGACCUGCGAUGUGACGCCUGCGGUGCUAUCUUUCACAACCUGACCCAGUUUAUGGAUCACCGCAAUUUUGAGUGUUCAACUGGCAGUGAGAGUGAAACACAGUGGACCAUAGACAAUUUAGCAGUGAAUAUAGGACAACCUGAGUCCCCUUCCUCUGAUGACUCAGGGGACGAAGGACCUUCUCUUGAAAUGCCCCUGUCCCCGGGGCUGGAGAAUCUGACUCCAGAGGAUGUACCUGGAGUGGUAGGAGUAUCCCAGACAAAUCCCUAUGGCUGCCACUUCUGUGAUAGAGCUUUCACCCGACUGAGCUACUUAAAGAUUCAUGAACAGAUACACAGCGAUCAGUUGCCGUUUAAGUGUUUGGUGUGCAGCAGAAGAUUCCGUCACAAACGCAGCAGAGACCGCCAUGUCAAACUCCACACAGGCGAGAAAAAGUACAAAUGUUCCCAGUGUCAAGCUGCUUUUGUCAGGAGUGACCAUCUUAAGAGCCAUAUGAAAACCCAUGAUUCUGUUAAAACCGGUUUCCAGUGUGAAAUCUGCCAGCAGUCAUUUCCCAGUCUAGACGUCAUGAUGUCGCACAUGGCCACACAUGAGCAAUCACCAGACAGCAAGAGUAUGGAGUUAAAGUGUCUGUACUGCCCUCUUGUAUUUACUACCCUGUCUGACUUCAGACUGCAUCUGAUAGAUCACGAAAAGACUCCUAGCCAGAAUUUCCUCUGCUCCCUUUGUGGCAGUGUAUACCCAUCCCAAGAUGAUCUAGACAAUCAUGUAGAAAAAAUGCAUUUGGAUGAAACAAAGAAUAAAUGUCCUCUGUGUUCAGAGGUGUUUCUUAACCUGUUUGACUUGUAUGCUCAUAUGAGUUCUCAUGAAAAUGAGAUCAAAGGUCAAGGAGCAUGUCAAGUGAAGCCCUUACAAGGAGCGUCCCUGCAGGGAGAGUUACUGGUCUGUCCAUACUGCUUCUGCAGUGACUUUGACAGCCUAGAAGUCCUGGAGAUUCACAUGCAGAGUGUUCACUCAGUUAAACCUGCUGAAGUCUACACGUGUAACUACUGCAAUGCUCCAUAUAAAAACUUGUACAGUCUGCAUGAACAUAUGAGGGCUGUCCACCAAAACCAGCCCUGUCUAGACAUUAAGUAUCCAUGCUCUUUGUGUUCAAGGCAAUUUGGCAGCAUAGAAACUCUCAUUCAACACAAAAGAGCCUUGCAUCCAAGUGAACAUCGGAAAUCAAAAGCUGAGCUUCUGAAGCAUACAUUGCUGGAUCAUCACAGACCAGAGCUAGCAGGGAAGCAAAAGAAACUUUACACCCAGACAAAUCUGAAGAUACCAACUCCAAGAAAGACAAACUUUACAAACUCAAACUUCAGAGGAUCUGAACAGAACAAAGAGGAGAUAACUUGCGAGCAGUGUAAUGCUCGGUUUUAUGAUUUUCUUCAUUUUCAGAAUCAUAUUAAGAUGCACAUGGAGACAAAGGUGCCAGGAACACUCCAAGAGGCUUUGUCCUCUCCAGGGCUGUCGUCUGUUAUGUCGCCUGUCUCUGUGUCAUCAUCUUUGUCGCCAGGUGCCUCAGGCUUGUCAUGCACACACUGCAGUUUGAGAUUUCCGAAUGAGGAACAGCUGGAGAAACACAGUGUGUCUCAUUAUCUGAGUGUGUCCACUGAGUAUGGCUGUACAACCUGUGUGAAGCUGUUCGCCAAACCUGAUGAGCUGCAGAAACAUUUAAUGGAUAUUCAUGCCCAUCAUCUGUACAGGUGUGCUUUGUGUAAGGAGAUAUUUGAUUCAAAAGUAAACAUCCAAGUCCACUUUGCUAUCAAACACAGCAAUGAGUGUAAACUGUACCGAUGUACAAAGUGUGACUCCAUGUUCAGAUCCGAGAUGGAAUGGAGUGUCCACGUAAGAGUCAAUCACCUGCAGAUCGCAAAACCAUACAGGUGCCUGUUUUGUAAAGACGGAUUCUGCUCAGAGAUGGAGCUGCAGUGUCACCUGACCACACACAGUCGGCCUUUCAAGUGCUCCAUGUGUUCAGAGUCAUUCCAUGUAGAGUACCUGUUGGAUAAGCACGUCCAGAGUGUUCACUCCACAGAGGAUGGGGGAAGCACACCGUCACCCUCCCAGCAUGGGUCUGAUAGAACCACGCCCAAGCGACAGCACUCACCAGCAGUCAAAGUCAAGGUUGAAAAGGACCUACUGGAUAUGAAUUAUGGUGGCAACAAGGAGCCUCAUUCUGAAGGUGUGACCUUCUUUUCUCCACGUGCUAGUCCUGGGAUAUGGAAAUCCUCUGAUUUGACCUUUACCUGUAAUAUCUGUGACAUGAAGUUUUCCCACCACCCAGCUCUCCUCAGCCACAAAGCUCAUGACCAUGGUCUCUCAGCAAUACUUAAAGCCGUCAGUGCAGAACAAGAUAACAAACCCCAGUAUGCACUGGACAAUUACCACAAUCUUGAGAAAGACAAGACUCCAGACCCCCCAACCAACAAAGAUAAGGUGUCCGUGUCACAUGUGGAAACCUCCCUCCCUACCUCCAAGUCCCUGCCUGUCUUUGUUUCACCUGAAAGACUCUCUAUAUCCUGCAUGUACUGCAGCCAGACCUUCAAAAACCGACAUGAAAUGGAAAAACAUAUGAAGAUACAUUUGAACAAUGGGGAUGAGAAGUGCAAUAUUUGUGAUAGAGUGUUCCCCACACCAAGCAUCCUAGCAGAACAUAAGCUGACCCACUGCAAGAUAAAGGAAGGGAAUGUGUGUGUCCUGUGUAAGGUGGUUCUGAAAUCUGAAGAACAAUUUUACGUCCACACUCAGGAACAUGGCUUCCAGAGCACCUACAUCCAAUGUCUUAUAUGUCGUCAAACGCUGGUAUCAAUGGUUGAACUGCAAAUGCAUGGCAGACAUCAUUUUCAGUCUGCUAACAGUUCUUUCACUUGUUGUGUCUGUCUAGAAGCAUUCAAAUCCAAGGAUAACAUGGUCUCUAAAGUAAAUGCAAGUGGUCGUAACUACUUUGUCUGCAAAAUGUGUUACCAUGGCAGCAAGUCUCUUUACCACUGUGAUGCCUGUGGGGACAGCUUUGUGAACCCUCUUCAGCUAGAAGCACAUGUUGUCACUCACCAUGGCAGCAGACAAGAGCACACAUGUCAUAAAUGCCAGGCCACAUUCCAAUCUAGCCUUCUGUUGAAGGCUCACAACUUGUCCCACCACUCCUCUGGAUCCUCCUCUGAGUUCACAUGCUCUCAGUGUCCAGCUAUUUUUUCAAGUCCUCUUCAGCUAGAGACGCAUAAACAAACACACAAAAAAUCAUACACUUGCAUCAAGUGUCAGGAAUCAUUUGACUCAGAAGAAGAAAUUCAGAUUCAUGUCGCUACUCAUGUCAUGAAAGAGGGCAAUGUUCAUGAGUGUAAACUGUGUUUUCUAAGCUUCACAUCUCCUGCAAAACUGCAGUGCCAUCUUAUAGAACACACCUACCAGAACUGUGAGUAUAGAUGCAGUGUAUGCUGCCAUCUUUUCACCACUGCUGCAGAUAUCCAGCAGCAUGCUGUGGAGCAUGGACUGGGAGCUCGAAGAUAUGCCUGCUCACAUUGCAGCCAAAAGUUCUUCUUCAGUGCAGAAUUGGAGAAUCACCAAAUAUGUCAACAUGGUGUCCAUGGUGACAAGCACAUAGUCAAUACACAGCCAAUCACGAAUGGAAAAGAUAUAAAUAUAAAAAAAGAAAACCUGAGCAACGCUAUUUUACAGAAUGAUGCAUCACUCAAAAAAGUGAAUGGUGAAUCUUUAGAACUUCAUUGUCCUGUCUGCUCACAAGUAUUCUCCAAAAUAUCGGAGAUCAUUAGUCAUAUCCAAGAGCACUGUGAACAGGAAACAGUCAAUGGGGAAUCAGACAGCAGAGUCAGUGAGGGUCUCAAGAGUUGUCCUGCCUGUAAGAGUCAGUUCACAAAGCUGACGGAUCUUCAAGAUCAUCUACAAACGGAUCACGCUGAAACAAAACUUUCCUGUUGUAUUUGUAAGAAGAUGUUCACUCAUUCCAAGACCCUUAAACUCCAUAUGCGAUUACAUAAUGCCAGUAAAGGCUAUGAGUGCUCGAUCUGUCACAAAAGAUUUACAAGGAAAGAAAACCGGAAAGCUCACAUGAAAACACACAAAGGGCUCAAGUCAACAUUAUAUCAGUGUCUGGCUGAUACUAGUGAUAAACCUAAAGAGACAGUAAAUGGUGGGAAGAAAAUGGUGCAGUCGUCGUUAGAAGCAGAGUUAUCGACCCUGAAUGGUGCUGAAUAAGUCUGUGUUGUUUUUGUCUAUGAUAGUGCUAUAUUUUGAUAUUGUUGUACUUCAUGAGAUAUAUUCGUUUUGAUUUGUUGUUUUGUACUGCAUUAAAGGCUUAACUGAA